AUGUCGCAUGCUCUCCUCCUUCGUCUAUUCCUUUCCCCUUCCUUCUUUUCUGUAAACGUUGCUCUCCAGUAUCUUACCGUAUAUCAUGAUAAUAUCGGCAUCACUUAUUACCUCACCCGAAGACUCAAGGAAUUCGACAUUCGUGAGUUAAGGGACGUAUGGGGUUUUGUAUGUCAUCUGCUAGUGACUAGACCAUCAAAAUCAAGAGCUCUGGAAUGCUUCGUGGUGGAAACAUGUGAACAGUCAACGCAUAUGGCUAUGUUCACACUAUGGUUCAUGCAAGCCCACCUAAAAGACCUCGCCCUACAGAGGAAAGAUUCAAAAUCCUUCGUAAUAUGUCAACGAAUUAUGCACCGUUGCCAUGAAAUCAUUUUUGAGGACUCUCCCGGACUUGUCACUGGUCCUUACUCCAGUAUGAAAGUCCGGUCAAGAAAGUUCAUGCAGAGGAACCGAAUUAAGCAUCACGUGCGGCCUGCUUUGGUAGGCAUGGGAUGUGUUCUUGGAGCACCAAGUUUGCCUACGUUCACGAGAGUGUCUGGACAAGUCGCGCUGGAGCAGGGUCGAAUAGAGGAGAGGGAAGGUAACUUGAGGAGCUUGGAGCCUCAAAUAGACGAGAGUCCUGUUCCGUCUCUGUCGCCGCGCGCAAAGGAUGUACAGGCCGACGAAGUGGAAGAUGAAGAUGAGAAUGAGGAAAGGAACGACGAUGAACAACCUGUUGUGAAAGUUCAAACAGCAGAGGGGGACCUCGACGAUCCGGAGAUCCAAGAAACUGACAAGGGACGUUUAAUAUUCAAGGUUCUCUCGCAGUCUCAAAAUAUGCGAGAAGCUGCGCAGACCACCCCAGCAUUCUCGACUAUCACAGAUAGAAUUCGCCGUUCUAUGGCAAUUGACGAUCCUUUCGGGCAACUCGACGCACCAUCCUCAAAUCCCUUGCCAUACCAGUCCUCACCCGCUAUUCCUAAUUCCAGGAAAUCUCGUCCGUCAAGUAGCGGCAAUGUCGUAGAAGCUCUCGUGCAAGAGUACGACCUUGACGCUCAAAGACACCUUUUACAAGCUUACUACUGUCGUGCAGAGAUCCAAUUCAUGCUAACGCUAGAGAAUAUAUCAAGCCGUCUCCUGGUCGUACCAAAACUCGCCAGAGUGAGUGCGCUACGAGCGGAGUUAACGUCUUUAAAUCAUAAAUUACCAGCAGAGGUCUGUAUGCCGAUGUGGUGUUCAGGAAUUGACACCCCAUCUGAAGCUGAUGGUCAAUCGAAGCCUCAUCAUCGGAUUGUCAGAGUACCUCCUGGAGAAAGUGUGGUAUUAAAUUCAGCAGAGCGAGCGCCGUACCUUUUGGUUCUAGAAAUUCUUCAUGGUGACCUCGACUUUGAACCGACGGAGCGGAGCAACAAGGAGUUACUGAAGGGCAUAAUCCGAAAAGAGUUGAAGUCAACGAGGGCGCCCCGUGAGACAUUCGGAUUGCGCGAACCCUCUAAUAAUGGACGGUCAGGUCCUCCGGUUGUACAAACUUCCAGUGCAGAGGAAGCUUUGAAUUCCAACGACGAUACUGCAGACUCAGGACCGUUUUCACAGAACUUCUCACAGUCUCUGUUGAGCGUGACGAGUGGUAGCAACGCAGAAGAAGAGGUCGACCUGGUAGAGCAGGUAUACGGCGAAGAUUUAUCUGUCCAUCGAACACCCGACCUCUCAGAGUCGUUUGUCAUGCCUACCCCACCUAAGAACAGGGCUCUCGACAUAGCCGCUUGGUCACGAUCGAAUUCCACUCCCGUCUCACCUGCUAUGACUCCUGAACUGUCCACCGCAGAAUCAUUAGGAAACAACGUUACCCAGCGAACACAAUCACACGCAACAGUGUCUUCACAAAGCUCAACCGGCUCAGGUCGAAUACCCGCGCUUUCUCUUGACGAGUACAGUGAACGAAUGCGGACAGCUGCGGUGAUGUUGGCGCAACUCAACGCAAGUCUCGUAAAGGAAACUGUCGUCUCAACGACAACACCUCAUUCCGAAUACCCACCCUCAACAGGACAAAUUUCGUCUUCAGGAGGGGGUAGUGGUGGUAGCUAUAGUUGGUUCCCAAUGGCGAACUGGCUUUCGGGAGUUAACGCGUCAAACUCGGCUGGUCCGAUCCACCCUUCGCUCUCCGGUACCGCACGGGAUCCGUCGAAGAACGCACAGGGUGGAGGUGUGGGAGUUACAGCCACGACGCAACGCAUGAAACUCCAACCUUCCGAAGUUGCUGCUAUUCGCGAGAGGAUCAUGCAAGAGAUGUUAGCGCUUGAAGAAGAUCGUAUGGGCCGGAUGCAGGUCCAUCCCGAGUCUGAUCCUAUAAUGACUCUUGAGGGAGGACAUGGUGGGUUGAAGACUGCUGAAGACGAGCAGAUUAUUCGACGUGAGCUAAAUCGGGUGGACCCUUCUGCUGUUGUGUUUUCUGAGUCUUGGGCUACGAAGAAGAGUCGAAUACGACAAGGAUCUCCCUAUGGUCACCUGGCAUCAUGGGACUGCGUCUCCGUCAUCGUCAAGACCGGAGCAGAUUUACGACAAGAACAACUCGCUGUUCAGAUGAUCCAGGAGUUUGAGAGGAUUUGGAGGGAGGAGAGUUGUCAAUGUUGGGUUCGACCCUUCCAGAUCUUGAUUACUGGUGGAUCGUCUGGUUUAGUGGAGACUAUUACUGACGCUGUUUCGGUCCAUUCGAUAAAGAAAGCUUUGUAUGCUCGACGAUUGACGGAUGGGGGAUUGGGGCAGGUUACUUUGUUGGAUCAUUUCAUCAACUCGUAUGGUGAUCCCUCUUCAGCCAAGUUCGCUCGAGCCCAAAGAAACUUCGUCCGGUCAUUAGCGGGCUACUCAAUAAUAACCUACCUCCUCCAAAUCAAAGACCGUCACAACGGUAACAUCCUCCUCGACCGAGACGGUCACCUAAUCCACAUAGACUUCGGGUUCAUGCUCUCCAACUCACCGGGCAACAUUGGUUUCGAAGCUGCUCCGUUCAAGUUGACGUUUGAUUAUGUUGAAGUUAUGGGUGGUGUAGAUAGUGUUGCGUUUCGUGAGUUUAGGAGGUUGUUUCAUGAGGGGUUCCAGGCUGCUAGGAAGCAUUGUGAUCGGAUUAUUACUAUCGUUGAGCUCAUGCAGAAAGACUCGUCUCUACCCUGCUUCGCAGCCCUCGGCGAACAAACAGCCCAACAACUCCGAGAUCGCUUCCAAUCGAAAUCCAAUCAACAGUCCGCGACAGAACUCAUCGAACGACUCGUCAUGUCCUCUCUUGGAUCAAAUUGGACAAGGUUGUAUGAUUCGUUCCAAUAUUAUUCGCAAUCCAUUUUGUAAUACCAAUAUCUUGCUUGCAUUUGCUGUCCAUCUUUCGG